AUGCACUCCUUCGAACCUCCUCAUCCAGAUCACUCAGUGCCACCACCAACCGACCAAUCACCUGCCUCGUUGCUGCUUUUCCCCCCAUCUUCUCAAGAGCACUGCAUGCACUCCGUCGAACAACCACCUUCUGAUCGCCAAGGGUCACCAUCAAGCGAUCAAUCACCUGGCUCGAUGAUGCUUUUUUGCCCAUCUUUCCAAGAGCACAACAUACAUUCGUUCGAGCCCACUCAUUCUGAUCACCUAGUGCCACCACCAACGCAUCAAUCACCUGACUCGUUGCUGCUUUUUCGCCCAUGGCUCCAAGAGCACUACAUGCAUUCAUUCGAACGCACCCAUUCUGAUCACCUAGUGCCACCACCAACCCAUCAGUCACCUGAUUCGUUGCUGCUUUUUCACCCAUCGCUCCAAGAGCACGAGAUGUACUCCAACGAACCUGGUCAUCCGGAUCAACUAGUGCCACCAGCAAACGAUCAAUCACCUGGCUCUUUCCUGCUUGUUCACCGAUCUUCCCAAGAGGAUAGCAUACCGUUGCUCUAA